CUGUGUUUGUUGAGGCGUCGCGUCUUUCUCAUUCUGUCGUCUUGUGGCUGUUGAAGAAGUUAUUUCAACUUUCUGUAUCUGUUGUGGCAGCACAGCUUUAACUGUUCAGAUUUCUCCCACUGUUUGCCAUAAACAUUAAUUAACGUUCUUUACUAAACAUACACAUGAAGCUUCGGACAGGAAGUAAACAGAAGUGAGAAAGGUGGCUUCUCGCGCCAUCUACUAUCGUAUAUCCCUUUAGUAAAGUAACAGAAGUAUAACAAAGCAAAUAAAUAAACAAAACAUUCAAAGCACACGCGUCGAUCUGAAGAACAACGAGCCUGUCAGAAACACACAGAGAGAACGUGAUGAACGUGAAGAAGAAGAUAACUUGGUUUAGAAAUACUGAGAGACAGACGGGAGGGGGCGGGGUCUCAGGUGCUCUCGUGAUCAGGAACAUUCCGCACCCCUCACACACCUCUGAAGGCUUCUGUGUUGUGAUGAGACACCUGAAGAUCUGCAGACAUGAGUGAUGUUCCUCACGAUCUGAUGGAGAGUGUGCAGGAGGCUGUGGGUCAGCAGACCAAGUUGUGUGUUAUUAAGAGAGUGAAUCUGGAGGUCAAAGGUGACAGGUUUGAGGGCAGAAUUCUGGCUCUGGCACUUCAUCGAGUGUUUUUACUGAGCACACGAGUCCCAGCUAAAGUUGAACAAUCCUUCAGUGUGUUUGACAUACAGAGCAUCUACAGUGUCAAACUCAAGCAGUUGUUGUUGGAUUAUGAUAAAGGACAGAUGUGUCUGCAGUUGGCGUCUGAGCAGCAGACAGAUGAUGUUAUUGCUCAAAUAGGAAUAAACAUACAGGAGAUAUGUCCAGGACUGGAAGCACUGAAGGUGGUGAAGAAGCUUGUGUUAGAGCCGGCCGAGAGAAUCACCAGUUUACUGUCAAUCUGGAAAAAUCACAGUCCUACAGAAACAGGACCCUGCGGUGGUUUCUCUCGUAUCUACUGGUGUGUGUGUGAUCAGUUGUGUGUUCCGUACAGAGAUGAGGUGCAGUGGGACGUGGACACCAUCUAUCUGUCUCAGGACUCACGAGAGCUCUGUCUGCAGGACUUCAUGCAUCUGGACAACAGGGAUCUGGUGGCGAUUGUUGCUGCUCUAGAGUUCAGUCAGUGGUUCAUCAAACUCUCCAUUAAAGACCUCAAACUGACAGCUGAUCUGUGUGAGCAGAUAUUAAAGGUUGUGUCUCGAUCCACAAAACUAGAGGAGCUGACACUGGACAACACAGGACUCAAAAGUGACUUUGCUGUGAGGUUUGCCGGUGCUUUAAGCAAGAAUCCAAACUCUGCUUUACACACAGUCAGCUUUGCCAACAAUUGCCUUGAAGACAAAGGUGUUGUUGUUCUGAGCUCUGCGCUGUCUAAACUCACAGCAGGACUCAAACAACUCGACCUUUCUAAGAAUUCACUGUCAGCUAAAGGUGUGAAUAGUCUGGCUCAGUGUUUUUCUCCAAACACACUCACACAACUGAACCUGUCUGGAAACACACUUAAAGGAGAAGAUAUUUAUAAUCUGUGGAACUUCCUGAGUCAACCCAACAAUCUUCACACACUUGAUAUGUCACACAGCGAGUGUUCUCUUGAACUGGUGUGUUCAUCACUGUUGCGUGGUUCUCUCAAACACCUGUCAGUUCUCAACAUGUCAAAAAGUUCCUUCAGUUACAAGAAGGUGAAGGAGUGUUCAUCAUCUCUGAAGCAGUUCUUCAGCAGCGCUCUGUCUCUUCACACCGUCUGUCUGUCUGCAACUAAACUACCCACAGAAGCCCUCAAAGCUGUGCUCUUGGGUCUAGCGAGUAAUCGUCACCUGCGAGAUGUUUCUCUGGACAUCAGCAGUUGUGAGUUGCGUUCAGCUGGUUCUCAGAUUCUGGAGGGUUGUAUCGCUGACAUCCCGAACAUCAGCAGUCUGGAUAUAUCAGACAACGGUCUGGACUCGGAUCUGUCCACACUCCUGGUUUGGAUUGGUAAAAAUCGCUCCAUUAAACACUUAUCCAUCGGCAGAAACUUCAGCAACAUCAGAACCAAGAAUCUCGGGCAGGUUCUCGUGUCUCUGAUUCAUAUGAUUCAAGAGGAAGAAUCUCCGCUGUUGUCUCUCUCUCUGGCGGACUCGCGUCUGAAGGCGGAUCUGUCUGUGGUGUUGAACGCUGUGUGUGGGAGCAGUCUGAUUCAUCUGGACAUCAGUGGGAACAUUAUGGGUGACAUUGGGGCAAAGAUGCUGGCCAAAGCUCUUCAGAUCAACACCAAACUCAGGACCGUGGUGUGGGACAGAAACGGUGUCAGUGCUCAGGGUUUGCAGGAUGUUGCCGCUGCUCUAGAGAAAAAUUAUACCAUCAGAUUCAUGCCGAUUCCCAUCAUAGAUGCAGCUCAAGCUCUGAAGAACAGCCCAGAGAAAACAGAAGAUGCCCUGCUGAAGAUGGAGCAGUAUCUGUUGAGGAAUCAUGAGAGCAGGAGAUAUCUGCAGGAACAAGCGUUCAGACUACAGCAGGGCAUCGUCACCAGUACAACACAACAGUCGAUUGGUCAGUUGUGUGUGCAGGUUCAGGAUCAGUUAAACUCUCUUUGCUUCAGUAAGAGUGACAGAGUUCAACAGGACAUGAAGACAGCAGAGAAACUCCUGAGAGAUGCCAAGAGCUCCAGAACACUGUUGUGGAGUGUGUAUCACCUGCGGUCCGGUGGGUGUGUUAUGGACUCUUCAGCAGGUGUGUGUGUUCAGCAGGUGCAAGAGAAACUUUGUGCAGUAGCAGCAGAGAUCAGUGCUCUCAUACAACAACAACUGCAGAGUUUGUUUGUGUCAAUGUUGGACACAGCAGAGAGUGUGUGUCCGCAUGUCAUGCAGAAGUCAGGUUUGCGUGAUGAUGUUUUGAGCAUCAGUAAAGAGAGGAUGAGUGUACCGCAAGACUUCAUCACAUCCACACUGCUGGAGCAGUCAGCCAUCGACAUCAUCAACAAGAUCAGUGAGGUGAAGUUCAACAUGGCGUCGUGUCUCUCUGAUAACAUCACUGAAGAAAUCUUACAGUCUCUCUCUUGCUCUCAACACACACUGGCUGGGCAUUUGAGCUGUGGAGAGAAGCCUCCACUGACACAUCAGACCUCACAGGAAAGAGACGUUCUAGAUAAGAGAGAAACACACACAGAAAACCUGACACUCCCCCAAACACAGACUCAUGAGGUGAAGAGGAGAACAGUUUACAGCAGAAUGUUCAGACCUGUGUCUGCUGCCUUCAAUCUGGAGUUUGAUGUGAGUAAGGCAUUAGAGGAAGUGUCCAUGUAUGUUGAUGACAUGCCCCCGCCCCCACUCAUGUCACCUGUGGAGGAGGGGCUUCAUCUGCCUCAGCUUGAGUGUUUCAGUGACCUCCCCACAGUAGACACACCCGCUCUUCAACAUGUCACCAAAACCAGACCACGACGUACCAAGAGAGCCAAAGCCAGUAGAGCAACCCCAAUCAGCAGAGCCGCCACACAGGAAGUAGAUCAGGGUGUCACUGUACAUCUGCUGGAUGAAGGAGUGCCAGAGUUUUUCUUCAAAAAGGUCAUAAACAUCGGAGAAAAAGCGUUAGGGUCAGAUGUGGAAGGCACGAGUCCUCUCAUCAAACCUCACUCAUCUACUAAAUCCACACCCACCAGCCCCACCUUUAGCACCACGACAACAGCAACCAUCUCCAUUGCAACAGCAGAAACAAACCACACACCCCCUGAGCCCAUCCCGACACCUGAAGACAGUUGUAUUCCCGCAGCAUCUGAGGUGAAAGGUCACAUGCAGGAGGGGGUUAAACGUGAGGGUCAGCUGAUCAGAGGUCAUGUGGGGGUACAGGUGCUGGGAGGUGAAAUGCUGAUGGAGAUACGAGCUAAACAAGAGAAACGCAAGAAAGCUGGUGUUUCUCCAUCUGUGGAACCUAAAACUGAACAUCACACUGAAGCAGCAAAAAAUCAGGAACACACAACAGCAGAAAUCCAGAGAGAGCCCAGAGCACAACUCAAACCCACACCAGAACAGACACACAUACACACACCUGCAAAGGGCGGUUCGAGACCUCAGUCCUGCAGUUCUGAAGUGGUCUGGAUCAAUUCUUCUGGGUCUCAGGAGUCCAGCACCCCUCCUCCUUUGGAUGACAUCACAUAUAUCUCAACAGGAGACUCCUCCCCUGCUCUGGCAGCCCCACCCUUCUGCCAGUGGGUGUCUGACACUGAGUGGGCGGAGCUUAGCCCUGUCACUCACGGCACAAAGGGUGGAGACUUAUCUGAUACCUCUAGUGUUGUUGUGUUAGAGACAGACACACACACAAACACAAAGGCUGUGGUGAGGUCAGUAUCUUGUGUUCACUCAAGAACCGACCCAGACGAAGACACAGCUGAUCGACAGCGAACCAAGUCCCUCCCCUCAGCAGAUGGACUGUUGAGCACAUCAGAUUCUGCUGCUGCUUCAGGAUUCACUUCAGAGAAUCACAACACUGAUUCACACACUAGCAGCUGAACACAUCACACACACACACACACACACACACACACACACAUACACACACACAUACACACACGUUUGAGCAUGUUUUGAUGACAUGAAUUCACUCAAUGCAAUCUAUGUCCUGUGACUCUACUGGUCUGAUCUCUGACCCUUACCUUAUAAUAAUCUACUAAACCCUUAAACCAGGUCUUGACCCUCCACCACCUCUUGUCUUAAUGAUGUCACCUCAGUUUAUUAUCUGAAUGUGAAUAAAAGGAAAUUUGUUUAAAAUCUGCUCUUCAGACCCCGUUGACUAUCAUUUUCCUUUCAGGAAUGUAAAGAAACUUUGUUUCUUUGUGCUCUCUU